AUGCUGCCCAGCCCCGGGGAUCUGGGAAGCCCUCCAGACCCCAGGGCCCUCUCCUCAACCAGCCCUCCAGGCCCAGACCCCAGGGCCCUCUCCUCAACCAGCCCUCCAGGCCCAGACCCCAAGGCCCUCUCCUCAACCAGCCCCCCAGGGCCCAGGGCCCAAGGCCCUCUCCUCAACAAGCCCUCCAGGGCCCAGGGCCCUCUCCUCAACCAGCCCUCCAGGGCCCAGGGCCCUCUCCUCAACCAGCCCUCCAGGCCCAGGGCCCAGGGCCCUCUCCUCAACCAGCCCUCCAGGGCCCAGGGCCCUCUCCUCAACCAGCCCUCCAGGCCCAGGCCCCAGGGCCCUCCCCUCAACCAGCCCUCCAGGGCCCAGGGGCCCUCCCCUCAACCAGCCCUCCAGGGCCCAGGGCCCUCUCCUCAACCAGCCCUCCAGGGCCCAGGGCCCUCUCCUCAACCAGCCCUCCAGGGCCCAGGGCCCUCUCCUCAACCAGCCCUCCAGGGCCCAGGGCCCUCCCCUCAAUCAGCCCUCCAGGCCCAGGCCCCAGGGCCCUCCCCCUCAACCAGCCCUCCAGGGCCCAGGGCCCAGGGCCCUCUCCUCAACCAGCCCUCCAGGCCCCAGGGCCCUCUCCUCAACCAGCCCUCCAGGGCCCAGGGCCCUCUCCUCAACCAGCCCUCCAGGGCCCAGGGCCCUCCCCUCAACCAGCCCUCCAGGCCCAGGCCCCAGGGCCCUCCCCUCAACCAGCCCUCCAGGGCCCAGGGCCCAGGGCCCUCCCCUCAACCAGCCCUCCAGGCCCAGGCCCCAGGGCCCUCUCCUCAACCAGCCCUCCAGGGCCCAGGGCCCUCCCCUCAACCAGCCCUCCAGGGCCCAGGGCCCUCCCCUCAACCAGCCCUCCAGGCCCAGGCCCCAGGGCCCUCUCCUCAACCAGCCCUCCAGGGCCCAGGGCCCUCCCCUCAACCAGCCCUCCAGGCCCAGAACCCAGGGCCCUCACCUCAACCAGCCCUCCAGGCCCCAGGGCCCUCCCCUCAACCAGCCCUCCAGGCCCAGAACCCAGGGCCCUCUCCUCAACCAGCCCUCCAGGCCCAGACCCCAAGGCCCUCUCCUCAACCAGCCCUCCAGGCCCAGACCCCAGGGCCCUCCCCUCAACCAGCCCUCCAGGCCCAGACCCCAGGGCCCUCUCCUCAACCAGCCCUCCAGGUCCCAGGGCCCUCUCCUCAACCAGCCCUCCAGGUCCCAGGGCCCUCUCCUCAACCAGCCCUCCAGGGCCCAGGGCCCAGGGCCCUCCCCUCAACCAGCCCUCCAGGCCCAGGCCCCAGGGCCCUCCCCUCAACCAGCCCUCCAGGGCCCUCUCCUCAACCAGCCCUCCAGGGCCCUCUCCUCAACCAGCCCUCCAGGCCCAGGCCCCAGGGCCCUCCCCUCAACCAGCCCUCCAGGGCCCUCUCCUCAACCAGCCCUCCAGGGCCCUCUCCUCAACCAGCCCUCCAGGCCCAGGCCCCAGGGCCCUCCCCUCAACCAGCCCUCCAGGGCCCUCUCCUCAACCAGCCCUCCAGGGCCCUCUCCUCAACCAGCCCUCCAGGGCCCUCUCCUCAACCAGCCCUCCAGGCCCAGGCCCCAGGGCCCUCUCCUCAACCAGCCCUCCAGGGCCCUCUCCUCAACCAGCCCUCCAGGGCCCUCUCCUCAACCAGCCCUCCAGGGCCCUCUCCUCAACCAGCCCUCCAGGCCCAGGCCCCAGGGCCCUCUCCUCAACCAGCCCUCCAGGGCCCUCUCCUCAACCAGCCCUCCAGGGCCUUCUCCUCAUCCAGCCCUCCAGGGCCCUCUCCUCAACCAGCCCUCCAGGGCCCUCUCCCUCAACCAGCCCUCCAGGGCCCCUCUCCUCAACCAGCCCUCCAGGGCCCCUCUCCUCAUCCAGCCCUCCAGGGCCCUCUCCUCAACCAGCCCUCCAGGGCCUUCUCCUCAUCCAGCCCUCCAGGGCCCUCUCCUCAACCAGCCCUCCAGGGCCCUCUCCUCAACCAGCCCUCCAGGGCCUUCUCUCAACCAGCCCUCCAGGGCCCUCUCCUCAACCAGCCCUCCAGGGCCUUCUCCUCAACCAGCCCUCCAGGGCCCUCUCCUCAAACAGCCUCUCCGGACCACAGUUCUGGGAACUAA